AUGAGCGGAUUUAGCAGGUGGUCAGCUUAUGGCACUUUUGGUCGGUCACUGAAAACUCUCUUUUUCACUUUGCAGUUCCUUUCGGUGUUAUUUCUGCAUCUGGUAUUGGUGGAUGGCAUUUGGUUGGUGCAGACCAGAUCGCAGUAUGCUGACUUAUUGGAACCUAGUCUGUAUGUUGAUGUGGCGCGUAUCAUGAUCGUCAUAUCGAUUUUCGCGCUCAUUAAUGCUCUAUUAUCUGUUUAUGCAGUUACAAAAGAACUGCGGUGUAUGAUCUAUUCUUAUGCUAUUGCAAGCUUCGUUAUUUUUCUGAUGCUAUUUAUUGGUGGAAUAAUGGGAUUCGUCUUUGAGCACCAGUUAAGUCACAAAAUUCCGCUCCAUUUGAAAAUGUUGACAUCUCUAAGAGAAUUGUAUGGGAUGCCUGAAAUGCAAGGAGUCACUCAUGCAUGGGACGAACUUCAAACAAAUUUCCAAUGUUGCGGAGUUAAUGGUAGUGAUAAUUUGCAUGUGUGGAGGACAUCGAAGUGGUAUAUGCGACAAAAGGAACCGAAACAAUUAUUACCUCUAUCAUGUUGUAUACGAGGCAUGGAAGCAUUUUGUCUUAAAAUGAGCCUUUCACAUGAAACAGAUGCAUAUGAGAACUUCGCACAUGUGAAAACAUGCUAUAUGCACUUAAGGUCCGAUCUGCUUAGGGUAAUGAAUAUUGCUGCUUGGUUAGUAGUAGUAUGUGCAUCAUUAAUGGUAUGA